CACAUGGGUGAACCUGCUGCACAGUGACUCGCGGGCAUGUGACCGCCGCCAAGGCAGAUGGUACCUGCAGCGCUUCGUCCAGGUCACGAGGAGAACUCCAAGCCGUGUGCAACGCAGGAACGCUUCGCCGACAUUCCACACGGUGCAGCGGUGUGUUUUCUUCCGACGGCGAUCGCGUGUGCCGCCCCAAGGAAACCCGCCACGGCAACCCACGGCUACGCCACGACCAUCGCGCGAUGGACGCCUUGGACACACGUGUUGUGGUCGGUGCAUGGCUCAUUUGUAGCUAUUCCCAAGUCGUUCCGAGGUUUCGAGUCAGCCCCCGUGGGAUGGGAAGCGUCCGAUUGCUUCGACCGCGACGGUAAUCAUCCUGCUACUGUGCACGGCCGGAACACUGUUCGUCGUUUCAUCUGUACGGCACCCGAGGCAACUUUCAUGCGGUGAUGGCCCCACCCUUCCAGAACAAAACCAUCGGCUAGCUGAGCGCAGACGACGGAAACUGAGAUGGGCUC